AUGACUCUCCCAGACGAGGAUACUCAGGUGCGAGUCGCCAGCGAAGCCGCCGAGAUCUUCGUCACCCACUACUACCAGGCCGUCAACAAACAGAGCGCGCUUCUCCCCUUCUACAUCAACUCUUCCUCGCGGUACCCCAUCCCCGCCGAUAUUUCCAUCAACGGCGCCGUCCUCUCCGCACCCACCGACUACUCUAAACUCCUCGAGGCCCAAGGCCAAGGCGCAGUCUACGAGCUAGAGUCCUUCGAUGCGCACGUCGUCAACCCAUCCUUCGGUAUGGGCGCCCCCGAGAAUGUCUACGAAGGCGCCAAGGUGGAGAAGAACGGAGGUCGCAUGAGCAUCCUGGUCAACGUCAUGGGCAAGGUGCAGUACGGCAAGGGCAGGGAGGCGCCCCAAAAGAUGUUUCACGAAACGUUUGUCCUGGUGCCCAACUGGGAGGCCAUGGUCAAGAACCCGCCCAAGGGCGGAUGGCCGCGGGACGUGGGACAGACAUCGACGACAGAGACGGCGCUUGCCGCUGCUGCUAGGAUCUUUUCGACUACUGGUGCUGCGGGUGUCACGAAGACACAGGCUGUGAGCCGACAGGCUAUCAAGACGAAGGGCGUUUUGAACGAGGAUUCGACCAAGGCCAACGUGUCGAGGAAGCCCAGAGUCAAGGGGGCUUAA